AUGUCUCGCGGCUUCUUCUCAUUCCUGCUCUUCGCCCUGACCUUCGUGGUCGCGACGAACGCGACGUCUGUCGUGCAAGUGCGCGACAGCCUCGUCCGUGUCCCGAUGGUGAAGCGCUUCAACCUUACCGGCUCAGGCACUCUCCUCGCUCGCGACCAAGCGCGCGUGAAGAACCUUCGUGCGCGUGCGAACGCGCGCGUCUCGGGCACUCCCCUCUCAUCGGAUGCUGUCAUCAGCGUUCCUGCUGACAAUCAACGUAUCGACUAUGCGAUCGACGUCCAAGUAGGCACUCCGCCCACAACGUAUUCGCUUCUUGUCGACACGGGUAGUUCGAACACCUGGGUAGGCGCUGGACAAAGCUUCGAACAGACCUCCACUACGGAUGAAACGGGUGACGAUGUCUCAGUCAUUUACGGCUCGGGCUGUUUCUCAGGGGCUGAAUAUACCGACACGGUCUCUCUGGGUAGUGGCUUGACUAUUCCUGGCCAAUCCAUUGGUGUCGCCACCUCCGCCGAAGGCUUCGACGAUAUCGAUGGAAUCCUCGGCAUUGGGCCGGUGGACCUCACUAUCGGAACCCUCCACCCCAACACGAACACAACCAUUCCGACCGUCACGGACAACCUCUUUGCUCAAGGUACCAUCACAAGUGAUCUGGUCGCUGUUUCGUUCGAACCCAUGGCGUCGGACCCGAUCCAAAACGGCGAACUGACGUUCGGCGGCACGGAUUCGAGCAAGUUCAUCGGUGAUAUCGAAUAUGUGCCGAUCACGACCACGUUUCCCUCCUCGGACUAUUUCGGCAUCGACCAGUCAAUCAGAUACGGCACGUCCACCAGCAUACUGUCGACCACGACCGGCGUCGUCGACACCGGUACCACGCUCAUUCUCAUCGCCGAUGAUGCCUUCUCGGAGUACCAGAGUGCUACUGGUGCUGUGGACGACGAUGAGACGGGUUUACUCCGGCUCACCCAGGCCCAGUUCGCGAAGCUGCAGAGUUUGUUCUUCACCAUUGGCGGGGUAACGUUCGAGCUUACUCCCAACGCUCAAAUUGUGCCGCGCGCCCUCAACAGCGCCAUCGGUGGCAACGCGGACAGCGUGUACCUUAUCGUCCACUCGCUUGGCACGCCCUCCGGCCAGGGCCUCGACUUCAUCAACGGUCAGGCUUUCUUGGAGCGCUUCUACACCGUCUUCGACACUGGCAACAACCGCGUCGGAAUUGCCAACACGCCGUUCACGAAUGCGACGACGAACUAG